UACAGCGAUACUAUUUUGGAGAGAUGAUCCUUCGCCGUUUGUCUCUACAUGAGGAGGAAUAUCGAAAACAAAACUAACGAAACUAGCAUUCUGGGCUGUCUUAUACAAAGGAAGGAAGUUCAGAAGAGUUUAGGAGAGGCGUGUCCACAAACUAGGCUACUUUCGAUCUCUAGUGUAGAAAUGAAUGUUACUAAUAAAUAUUCGUGACAAAGCCUUGAUAUCUUCACCGUGAACACUAUGUCGACUUCACAGAAGAGGACAACUUAAGACAGCUCUCUACAACACGUCAUAGACACUUAUGAGACACCAUGGACCAACACUCAGAGCGUGCUCGGUUAGUGGACGACUACUGGGCGAAACUUGUCCAGAGAGUACAGAUGGUGAUGCCGAUAGCGGAUGAGCUGCGGUCCGGUGGCAUGCUGGAAUAUGAGCCGUACUGUAAGAUCAGAGCAGCAGAUACUAACCAGGAGAAAAUGAGAGAGUUUUAUAAAGUUUUGCACUCUGGAGGAGACAAGGUUAAAUUUGCCUUUUAUUCUAGACUGGAAAAGCAUGAGCCAUCUCUGUUUAGCGACUUAGGCUUCACAGGACAUAACACACACUCUGAAAAAACACAUUCCUCAGAAAGCAGCCCAGUGAUUGACAAAUAUAUGAAGCGGAUCCGCAGUGAGUAUCAGUAUGUGACUGAGUAUAACUCACUGCCUGGUGAACAUGUGCUGCUGUCUGAGCGCUUCACACAACCUCUGAUCCUUCAGAAACACAGAGAUCGAAUAGAGCGAGAAGAAGAGAUCCGCUCCAGUGGAGAGCGCUUCCAGCAGGUCCUCAGCUCCAGGAGCAGUGGAGACUCUGUCCAGCUCAGCUCUCUGUUCGACCCAGAUGACCACGGGAUCAGUCCCAGUUCUGUGAUACUGCAGGGAAAUUCUGGAAACGGGAAAUCUUUCACUGUGCAGAAGAUCAUGAUGGACUGGGCAUCUGGUGUCCUCUACAAAGGGCGGUUUGAUAUUGUGUUUCACUUAAAGUGUAAAGAAAUAAAUCGCAUUCCUGGCGAGAAGAGUUUGGUGGAGAUCUUGAGCUGCAGUUGUAGUUUAACAUCACAUGAGAUCUCACAGAUUUUACAGCAGUCGCCAGAGAAGGUGCUUGUGGUCAUUGAUGGAUUUGAUGAGCUGAAACUCCCACAGGACAUUAAUGACACGUCAGCACACACUGAUCUGCUUCAGAAAGCCCGACCUGUGGACACUCUUUGUGCCCUGCUGAGGGGUCGAAUCCUGCCAGAGUCUUUCCUGCUGGUCUCCUCCAGAUCUACAGCUACGGACACACUCAGUAAACUGCUCAAAGGACCUCAGCGUUUCUCUGAGAUUGUGGGAUUUUCAGAAAAGGGGGUGGAGGAGUACUUCCGGAAGUUUUUUCAAAAGAAGAAACUUUUCAGGGAGGCUUAUACAUAUGUGAAGGCAAAUGAAUCCCUCAUCACUGCCUGCUCAAUCCCUGUCGUCUGCUGGAUCAUCUGCACAACUAUCCAGGAGCGAUUCAAAUAUGGCGCAAAUAAGACAAGUGGACUGGAAACCACCACCUCCAUCUACGUGGACUUUGUGUGCACUCUUCUGAAGCAUCACAGCCAGGGUUUGAGUCAGUCCGUCCCGACCCUGCUGAGGAGUCUGGGUCAGCUGGCAGAGAGAGGGAUGCAGGAACAGCAAGUCCUGCUGGAUGAGGAUAGUGUGAAUGAAACCAUUUCAGACCCGGCUGGAAAUCCAUUCUUGUGCAAGUUCCUGUUUAAGAGACGAAUCUACCAGGAGACAAUGUUCAGUUUCAUGCAUCUCAGCUUUCAGGAGUUCUUCUGUGCUCUGUACUAUGUCCUUCUGGAUGAAAAAGAGUCCCUGGGGAAACUUUUAAUGGAUAGUUCCUCAAAACCACGUUUUGCAGCUGUGGUGCAAUUUGCAUUUGGUUUGUUGAAUAAGGAUGUGAGACUCACACUUAAAGAACAUGGUCUGUUCAUUCGUCCAAAAACACAGGCUCAUUUGAAAGAAUGGAUUUUGGAAAAGGUUAAAGGUUUUUCCUUGUGUUCGGAAGCAGUAUUAAUUGUUCUUCACUGUCUCUGUGAACUUCAUGAAGAAGACUUUGUGAAAGAAGCAAUGGGAUCCUGGAAAAGGAUUGAUCUUCAUGGUCCAUUCCUCAGUAGAGCAGACUUCUGUGCCCUGCUGUUCUGCUCUCAGUGCUGUCAGAGAAUUGAAGGAAUCUAUAGUUUGUAUUUAACAUCGGAAUAUCUGUCUAUGAUUUUGCCUGAACUUCACAAGUUUAAAGAGGCAAGCUUGACUAUAUUGGAUCCAUCAGUCUCUGAUCUCGGUGAACUGAUCAACACUCUCACGAGAGGACAGACCCUGAGCUCACAGCGUGUUUGUGUAAGAACCCUCCUCUCACUUGAUCUGUCAAUCAACAAAGAGCCGUCCAGUACCUGCACAGAGAUUGUCCUGCUUCGCUAUCCGGAUUUGGAAUCAUUCAGUCUCACCUUUCCACACUCAGAGAUAUUCAACAUUGACUGGACCAGACUUUUUCAGAUAAUUCACAGAUGGGAUUUGGAUGCAUUACUGUCUGUUCUUCAUUCCUUCUCUAACCUGAAAAAGAUGGAAAUGAGUGUGAAGUGUCUAACAGAGAAGUUGUCUGUUUGGACCCUCCAGAUGAGCCAGAACUGCCCCAGUCUAACCGAACUCACGUUAGAUGCUGGCAUAUUACAGGAGGAUGGAAUCGAGAUCUUGAAGAGCUCAAACACAAGACCAAGUUGUAUGAUGACAUUUAUCGGGUCCAUUUGCAAUAAACAGUUUAAAAAAUACCCACAUUAUGAUGAUGACUUUUGGUCUCGCUUGAAAGAUCACCAGUCGAAUUGCUGCCAGAAGGUGAGGAUUCUUCUGAAUGACCAGGGCUUUUCUAUGGAGACUUUGUGAGA